AUGUCUACGACUGAAAUGUUUAAAAUUGAACGAACAUUUGAAAUGGAUGGUAUUGAAAAAAUGUUUUGUUUACAUGGGAAUUGGUAUACGGUUGCUCAUGUGGCACAUUUAACAGGUGAUCAAGAGUUAUUGAUAAGUCAUGUUGAACACAUUAUUCAUCAAUUAUUAAAACGGCAUACACGCUUUCGUUCUCGUCUUCGUAUUCAUCGAGAAAAUAGUCAUCAUAUUCGAGAUCCAGUAACAAAAGUACCUUAUGUUGUAGAGCAAAAUUUCAUCGACACGUUUGAAUAUGAUAAUGACCUAUACUCAAAUCCUGAUGUACUAAAAUUAUUCUACAAAAUACAUCAUGCUGAUACUGAAAAUGAAUGGAAACAACUGACAGAAGAUGGCUGUAAUAGAAAUCCUUAUAAUGACGAUUUGACAAUUAUUUUUCCUUUAUUUCAUUUUUUAUUCGUGUUGAAUAAAGAUCAGACAGACGAAUUUCAUAUGAUUCUAUUCAGUAAUCAUUCAGCUUCUGACGGACAAAGUGGAUUUAUCAUAAUUAAUGAUUAUUUAACAAUAGCAUCAUCUCAGUCAUAUCUGAAAGAGGAUUCUGUUAAUCAUGAAUUUUUACCAAGCGUUACAUCCAUGGUACCACGCCCUUUCGGCAUCUUUUUCAGUACUAUUUCACGUCUCAUUCGACUUAUCUAUGGUCAGCAAGUCAAACAUUAUCAUCCAAAAAUUCCUAUUCAUCCCACCUUUGCUCAAGAGAACGUGGACGAUGAACGAUUUCCAUUUUUUCAACCGAUUAAAACAAACUUUUUAUUUCAUUCAAGUACAAAAGAAUAUUAUCAGAGAUUGAAAGAUGCAUGUCAUGCAAGAAAGAUUACGUUGCACGGACCAUUAUUUGCUUGUCUCAUAUUAACAGUUAAUCAAUGUUUUCUAUUGAAAAGUCAAAAGAAACUAACUCAACAUCAAAAGCUAAAAAAGUUUGAUAUUGAAUUAGAUUAUAAUUUACGUGAACGUUUGCCACAAUCUAAAUUAACAAAGCAAUCUAUUGGUUAUUAUAUUGGUGUCUCAUCUGGUCACUUUAGUCAUGUCCAUUUGCGUACUCGAUUUUGGUCAUUUGCACGCGCAUGUAUGAAGAAAACGCAUAGAUCAAUGGAAAGAGGUGAAGUCUUUCUCCUCAUGCAUGCGUUCAAUGAUGUAAUUAAUGACAAGAAAAUGUUUUUUAAAGUUAUCCGUAAUUGUGAAAAUGGAGCUCUAUCAGAAAUGAAUUUUUCAAAUGUCGGUAAAUUUCCGUUCGACAGAGCAUCCUAUGGUGACAAUCUAAAACUAAAAGGAAUACAUGUAGCAAAUAAUGGUUCAAUUUAUCAUACAUCAUCGAUUAUGUAUGCAUCAUGUGUUGAACAGUUAGAUUUUACACUCGCUCAUGAAUGGUUAGAUGAUAAACAGCAACCUGAACAGUUUAUGAAACAAUAUAUUCAUUUGAUUGAAAAAUGUUCACAAUUUGAUGACGAUAUGACAUUGUACGAUGUUUUGUCUAAAGAACAGAUUGAGCCAAACAACUAA